AUGGCCGCCUUCUUCGACCUGCCGUCGCUUCUGCUUGCUUCCGCCGUCGCCUUGCUCGCGCUCCUCACUGUUAGGCGCAAACGUCAAAAUCUUCCCCCGGGUCCGAAGGGCCUUCCUCUCCUCGGGAACGUCUUCGACGUCCCCAAGGAGUUCGAAUGGCUCGCGUACGAAAAAUGGGGCCGAGAACAUCAUUCUGAUAUCAUACACCUCAACCUUGCCGGGACGCCGGUCAUUGUUGUCAAUUCCGCGCAAGCGGCGCACGACCUUUUUGAGAAAAGAUCGUCGCUCUACUCGGAUAGGACACGCAUGCCCAUGCUCAAUGAAUUGGUCGGCUGCGACUGGCACUUCGUGUUCAUGGGUUACGGUGACAGCUGGAGAGAACGGCGCCGAGUGUUCCAUCAGUACUUCCACCCGAACGCGGCCACGAACUAUCGGCCGAGAGAACUCAAGGUGGCUCGCGAGCUCCUCCGGCGGCUGCUCCAGACGCCGGACGAGUUCAUGGUCCACCUGCGGCACAUGGCAGGAUCCCUCAUUCUCGGAGUCGCAUACGGGAUUGACGUACAGCCGAAGAAUGAUCCAUAUAUCGCCACUGCGGAGACGGCUCUGCAUGCGAUGUCCAUGGCUGGGAACGCCGGCGCGUACCUUGUGGACUACAUCCCCUUCCUCAAACACAUUCCUUCUUGGUGCCCGGGCGCCACGUUCAAGCGCCAGGCGGCUGAAUGGAGGAAGGCAACCAACGCCAUGGUCGAGGUGCCGUUCAAGGCCGUGAGAAACGCGAUGGCCGAGGGGAAGGAGUCGCCGUCGAUGAUCAUGUCGCUCUUGCAUGACCUAAACGAUGGACAAGACAAACCUCACAGGGAGAACGUCAUCAGCGGUGUCGCUGCUGCUGCGUAUACUGGGGGCUCUGACACGACGGUCUCGGCCAUAGGCUCGUUUUUCCUCGCGAUGCUGCUGUAUCCGGAAGUCCAGCGCAAGGCACAAGCCGAGGUGGACCGGGUCGUCGGGAGAGAUCGCCUUCCCGACUUCUCUGAUGAGGGGUCCCUGCCUUACGUUUCUGCAAUCGUCAAGGAAGUUCUCAGAUGGCGGCCGGUCACACCCCUGGCGGUUCCCCACCGGCUCACCGCGGACGACGUCUACAAUGGCUACCACCUUCCCGCGGGAUCAAUCGUUGUAGGGAACUCGUGGGCUAUCUUGCAUGACGAGGCGACGUUCCCCGACCCCGAGGCGUUCAUUCCGGAGCGGUUCCUCAACGCAGACGGAAGCCUCAGGACCACUAUGCGCGACGCAGAGCUGGCGGCGUUCGGCUUCGGCAGGAGGAUCUGCCCCGGACGUCAUAUGGCGUGCGCCUCGAUGUGGAUCGCCAUCGCGUCGGUCCUCUCUACGUUUACGCUGUCCAAGCCCGUUGACGACGACGGGAACGUGGUCGAGCCAAGCGGAGAGUAUCUGAGCGGGCUUGUUACGUACCCGGUGCCGUUUAAAUGCGAGUUCAAGCCGCGCUCCGGGCUCACCGCUCAGCUCAUACAGACGUCGAUGACCGACUUCGAGUGA